UCCUGUUUGAAACCGAAAGUAUAGUUCGAGAGAUUUUGAUCAUGGGCACGACGCUACGGCCUGUAUAAAUUUCUUUCUUGUAUUGUAUAUGUUUCAAUAGGAUUUAUUUAUAUUUAUGUUCUUUAUGUUUUCAUAAAUCUACUUUGUCGUCUCGUGUAUGAAUGUUGGCACUAAGAGCGACAUGUCGGCGCGUUGGAGUCGGGUUUCUGGUUGAAACGUUAAUCCCAAUUUACUAAUGUUAAAUGUCAUUUUACUGCUGACGGAGUCUGUCAUGAGCGGAGCCAUGGACCCAGACUAUAAAGUGGAAAGGCCGCCCUCCAGUUAUGGUUCAAUGAGGAGUGAGAGUGAAGAGAGCGAGGAUGAGGGUGGAGAAGAUAAAGAGGUUGCCAUGAUAUUACCGGGCUUCAUUCCAAUUGGGGAGACAAGGAUGCAGCUGAUUCGGCCAUCAGAGUCUCCAGAGACGCUCUACACUGUGACCACUCAGCAGCCACCACCAGGAGCUGCUGUCAUUGACACCAGGGAAUACUAUUCAGACAAUUAUGAUGAUGUUGAUGAUGAGGAUAUGGAAGAAAAUUUGAUCGCCACAUCCCCAGAACCACCAGAGCCUGUCGAACCAGAUGACACUACACAGUCUGAUGAGAACUGUCGGCUAGGCAGAAUGCACCCAGAGCAAGACCUGCCCCAUAUAUUCAGGAGUAUCCAGAGUGCUCUUGCAAAUCUCACCGAAGAAGAGCUUUACUUCUUUAAGAUCGGUGUUUCAUCUUUUGAAAAAAGCUUCUCCCGGGAAAAAAUGAUGGAAGGAGACUUACUCGAUUUGGUGGACAUGAUGCUGGAGAUCCUUGGCCAGGAUCGUUCCCUGAUGGUCACAAUAAACACUCUAGAAAGUAUCAAGAAGAAAUCUUUAGCAGAGAAACUGCAGAAUGAGUGCAGGAGAGCGUGGACACGUUUUCAGCUGAGGGAGGAUUUGAUCAGAAAGCACCAAAUCAUCUUUGAGGGCGUACCUCGAGCCGGAAAGUGCAAACCUCUAGAUGUCGUCUAUGUCGAGCCCCAGAUUUCCACCUGUUGUUACGGAGGAGUUGACCAGUCUCAUGAGUUCCACUCGCACCCUCUGCAACCUCUCCAAAUCCCCAGUCCUGAUACCUUUGUUAGUUUGAACAAUUUGUUCCGACUACAGAAGGCUGAUGGUUCACCAGUGAGGACGGUGCUGACCACAGGGAUUCCAGGAAUUGGAAUGUCUGUUUCUGUGGCGAAAUUCUGCCUGGACUGGGCAAAAAUGCAAGCUAACAGGGAUCUACAGUUUGUCAUCAAACUUUCCUUUCACUCUUUGUGGAAUUUGCGAAACCAAAACCUUCCCUCUCCAAAAUAUUCUAUCAUGGAAGUGAUAAAAUAUUAUCAUCCUGAGUGCAAAGACAUGAGACACCUGGACAAGGAGGACUGUAAAUUUCUCAUCAUUAUGGACUCCUUUGACUGUUACCAAGCUCCUCUGGACUGGGAGAAUUCCCCAGUAAUAAAUGACAAUUACACGCAAGCACAUCUUGACAUCCUUAUUGUAAAUAUCCUCCGGGGAACUGUGCUUCAGGGUGCCCUCAUCUGGAUCCUGGGUAGACGAGCGGCUGUGUCACAAAUCCCAUCUAAUCUAAUCGACAUGGUCACAGAAAUCCAUGGCUUCAGCGAUGAGAUGAAAGAUGACUUUCUUAGGAGACGCUUUAGCGAUGCAGAGCAAGCUACGAAUAUUUUGGAACAUUAUAAGCGCCUGCCAACUCUCUGCAUGCUCGCCUGCCAGCCCUUUGUCUGCUGGAUGAUCGCCACAGUGUUUGAGCGCUGCUACCGUUCAUAUCAGGACUAUGGGGAGAAUCCCCCGAGGCUGACGCCAUUCUACAUCCAUAUUCUGGUUGUCCAAACCAAUCGCAGGCUGAUGUUCUACUACGGAAAGCAAGAAAACAACCUGAAAUGGUCCGAAGAUGACAAACAGAUGCUGAUAAAGAUGGGUUACAUGGCCUUUAAAAUGAUGGAGAGAAAGACCAGUGUGUUCUACGAAGAGGAUGUGAAGGAGUGUGGUCUGAAUUUGACGGAGGUGGCGGUGUUCUCCGGCCUGUGCACAGAGCUUCCUGCUGCAGCUUCAGACAGGAGGAGGACAUUCUGCUUUAUACACUUCACCUUUCAGGAGUUCAUGGCUGCCCUGUACGUCUUCAAAACUUUCCACAUUGAUAAUAAGAACGUCCUGGACUCACACCGGACUUUGCACAUCUUCAAGAACCAUCAGAACAAAUCAGCAGCCCUGCUCCAGUCUGCUCUGGAUCGAACCCUCAGUUCACCUCUUGGUGACUAUGACAUGUUCCUGCGCUUCCUGUGCGGCUUGCUUUCCCCGGCCUGCCACGACAAAUUACUGAGCGGCUUUCUGUUCCCUCACAACACUCCAACAGUGGCUGGACGAGAAAAGAUGCAGCAGCUGCUAGAAAAGAAAAUACAGACUGCUCCAGCAGACAGGGUGCGAAACUUACAGGAGUGCCUCAGAGAGAUGAUUCAGGAAGAUGACUGAGUUAAGGGAAGAUAUGGUAUAUAUUAGUGGAGUGGUGGGUCAUGUUGUUGCCUUGUAGCAGGGUGCAUAGUGUUUGCAAGUCGUGUGUGUGGGUUUUCUCUGGGUCUCCUACAGUCAUGCAGAGGUUAAUUGGAUGUGAGAGUGAAUGGAUGUUUGUGUCUGUGUGUUGACCCCUGUGAUGUGUCAGCUGCUAUCCAGUGACAACCGUCGCGAAGGAGAAAGGGGUAGUAAAUUAACUUCUUUUUUUCUUUAUCUCAUCAUAGAAAUGGUGCAGGAUCAAAAUGUUCAUGCGUAACAGACGCCUGUCUCAUUUUAGUUUUGGUGAAGGUUUCAUACGUCGGGAUUGAAGUAUGUGUCUGAAAAGCUACAGUUGAUGAUGCUUUUAUCUUUUUGCACUAAAUGCGUGUGACUAAUACUUAACAACGCCGAAGAACUACAUCUAACAUGACUCGUGGCGCUUUAGAAAACACUGCAUUUCUCUCCUAUGCAGGUGGUUAGUUGGUAAUAAGUGAAAGCCUGUUGAAUACUAAAUGGUCUGGUUUCUAGUCUUGAUGAGCACUCAACGCUGCCCGUUCACUUACACAUUCAUAUAGCACAUUUUUCCAUUAUUUCUCAUAAUGACUUUUUUUAUGAAAAAACAAAAACAAACAUGAUAAAGCAAAACCAAUAAUUUCUCUAAUUUUCUUCUCUUAUGCGGACAAGAUAUCUGUACGUUUUUUGAUCUUGUAUAAAAGAUGGGUUGGUUUUAUUUGGAUCCCUUGUAGCCAGAGACUGUUAUUACAAAACAAUAGAAAAAGUACUUAAGUCCCUUAAUUCACUGUAGCCACAUUAUCAGCUGUUAAACUAAUCCAGUAAAAAGACAGUUUUGAAAGUUGUAGUGUGGUUUACGAUGCUUAGAAAUUCCCCGUAUUGCUGAGCUGUGGAUGUUCCUGAAACAUGUCAGAGGUUGUCCAUCACUGUGUGUUUGCAGCUGCUGAAUUCUCUCCACAUUUCGCUUUUCUACUAUCCAGUAAUUUGAUUUAAUUCUGUCACAUGGCUGUUUGCAUGCUUUCGUCAUGCAGGAGGUGUUAGAGUCAUGGCGGCAGCGUGAACGGUGAAUGCUGCAAUGCUGAUUUGACGCUUGACUUCCAUCCAGGCCCUUUCAGGGUCAACUGAGUUCUCAAUGUCAAACAGUGCAUCAUAGAUCCCAGGGAACGACUCCCCGGCAUAUUUAUUAUGGCUGCUGGGAGCAAAGAUCACGUGUCUGAAACAGAGAGGAGGGUGUUAUGUUAGAGAACCCACUGAUAGCAAUUUCGAAACAUACAGCGUGAGAAGAAUCUGUGAAAAUAAAAAUGUGCAUGGUUUUAUCAUGCUGAAAAACAGGAUUUACUUUGUAAUGGGAUAUAUUUUAUCGGUGAAAUGAAAAACAGACCAAAGUAGAAUCACAUUUCUUGAUUAAAAGCACAGACCCACGGGUAGAAUAAAGAUGUUUCACGACAGUA